AUGGCAUCGAUCAGAGAGCAGAAUGGCCAAGUAGAAGGAGCAGUUGGGGGGACAUCAUCCUCUAACAUAGCGUACCCUAUUCCAGAGGAGGGCAAGACGAGUGAUUUUGAGUUGAAGAGUGGGUUCCUGCAUCAUUUGCCUAAGUUCCAUGGACUCUCAGGAGAUGACCCCAAUCAACAUCUCACUAUGUUCCAGUUCAACUGUGAGACUAUGUGCCCUAGAGGAGCAGACAUUCAGAUAGUGAAGAUGAGAGCGUUUCCUUACUCAUUGGAGGAUCGUGCUCAAAAGUGGUUGUUUGAGGUACCUACUGGUAGGAUUACUUCAUGGACAACAAUGGUCAAUGAGUUUUUGUCGAAGUAUUUUCCCUCAUCAAGGGUGACACACAUCAGGAAGCAGAUAACAGGAAUCAUGCAAGGACCAGAUGAGUCAUUCUACAACUACUAUGAGAGGUUCAAAUCUCUUGUAGCAUCAUGCCCAGCCCAUGGCAUUAGAGAAGGUAUGUUGCUUCAAUAUUUCUAUGAAGGAUUACUACAAAUGGAAAGAGAGUUCCUUGAUUCAGUUGCUGGUGGAUCGUUUUUGGACAAGAGCAAUGUAGUAGCAAAGGAUCUUUUGGAGAAGAGAGCUAUGAACAACCAACAAUUUGGAACAUAUGCUAGUUCUACACGGAAGGUACAUGAGACCAACUCGAGUUCAAGCUCUGCUCUAGAGGACAAGGUGGAUAAGUUGUCCAAGAUGAUGAGUCAUUUCAUGAAGACUAGUGGAGCUCAAGUUUGUGGAAUAUGUACGGAUGGGCACCCUACUGAUCAGUAUCCUCAAGUUGCUUCUAGUGGAGGGUAUGAGGAAGUCAAUGCCCUUGGUUAUCAAGGAGGUCAGAGACCACAAGCUCCACUACUCAAUGUUCCACCUCCCAACGUGGCUAGUACUCCUAAUUAUGAUGAGAUGUUGAAAUCUUUAGUUGAUGGACAAAGUCAAUUGAAUACCGUGACUCAAACUUUGGUGGCGGGUCAACAAGCGAAUAGCAAGGACAUUGCGGAGCUAAAAACGCAUAUGGGCCAGGUAGUAGACUUCAUGGGCCGUUUUUCUGAGCAAGGAAAGUUGUCAAGUGGUGUCAUACCUAACCCAAAGAAUGAGCAAGCCCAAGCUAUCAUGACAAGGAGUGGGUUCGAGCUAAAGGAGCGGCCUAGUAUUGCUAGGAAGGCCCAAACAGCCCAUGUUCUUGAGGAGGGUGACGACAUGGCUAUGAUGAAUGUCUUGGAGAAAGAUCCAGUUACCUCAAAGAAAGAGAGUGUGCCGAUCCAUGAAACACACAAAGGGUGUAUCAAGCAGAUCCCUAAAUAUGCAAAAUUUCUUAAGGAGCUUUGCACUUCAAGAAGACAAAUUAGGGAAGAAAAGGUAGUGAAGAUGAAUGAGACAGUUUCAACUGUCAUACAAAGGAAGCUACCCCCUAAGAUGAAGGAUCCGGGAAGUUUCUCUGUCCCAUGUAAAAUUGGUAACACAUUAUUUGAUAAUGUUAUGCUUGAUCUAGAUUUCUAUGUGCUAGACAUGGAGGUAUCACCCUUGGAGACAACUCCACUACUUUUAGGGAGACCGUUCAUGAGAACUGCAAGGACAUGCAUCGAUGUUGCAAAUGGGAGUUUGACGAUGGAGUUUGAUGGAAAUGUUAUCAGCUUCAACAUUUUUGAGGUAAUGAAGUACCCAGUUUCUGACAUUAACUCAUGUUUUUCUGUGGAUGAUUCUAUUGCACAGGUUAUGUCAGAGACGUUAGAAGCAUAG